AUGGCACUGAAUCUUCUUCCUCUUCAUACCCUUUUGAUAUUCGUAUCCAUCAUCAAUUCGGCUCUGUUAUCGUCGGCUGAUCAAGAUUCUCAUCCUUAUAUAUGGCCAUUGCCGGCGGAGUUUUCCUCAGGAGAGGAGACCCUCUCGGUGGAUCCGGGCGUUUCUUUGAUCGUAGCUGGAGACGGAGGCGGAUCGCCGAUUGUUAGAGCUGCGUUUGAGAGGUAUAUGGGUAUGAUCUUCAAGCACACUUACGGUAGAGCUUCUUCUCUCUUGGCGAGGAUUAGAUUUUUGAGAAUGGUUGAGUAUGAUAUCACUUCUCUGAACAUCAUCGUUCACUCGGAAUCUGAGGAGCUACAAUUGGGUGUGGAUGAGAGUUAUACAUUGAUGGUGUCGAAGAGGAAUGAGCAAUCGAUUGUAGGAGCUGCCACAAUCGAGGCUAGUACAGUUUAUGGUGCUCUUAGAGGAUUGGAGACAUUUAGCCAAUUGUGUGCCUUUGAUUAUUCAACCAAAUCUGUGCAAAUAUACAAAGCACCUUGGUUUAUUCAAGAUAAACCAAGAUUUGCUUACCGUGGUCUGCUUAUAGAUACGUCAAGGCAUUUCUUACCAGUUGAUGUGAUUAAGCAAAUAGUUGAAUCUAUGUCGUUUGCUAAACUUAACGUCCUGCAUUGGCACAUUGUAGACGAACAAUCAUUUCCUCUGGAAACACCAACGUAUCCUAAUCUGUGGAAAGGAGCUUACUCGAGAUGGGAGCGUUAUACAGUCGAGGAUGCCUCUGAGAUCGUCAGGUUUGCCAAAAUGAGAGGUAUUAACGUCAUGGCUGAAGUAGAUGUCCCUGGCCAUGCGGAAUCAUGGGGAGUUGGAUAUCCUGAUCUUUGGCCCUCUCUGUCUUGCCGAGAGCCUCUUGACGUUACUAAAAACUUUACAUUCGAUGUGAUCUCUGGCAUUUUGGCAGAUAUGAGAAAGAUAUUCCCAUUUGAGCUUUUCCACUUGGGUGGUGAUGAAGUUAAUACAGAUUGCUGGAAAAAUACAACUCAUAUCAAGGAAUGGCUUCAGGGUCGCAACUUCACGACCAAGGACGCAUAUAAAUACUUUGUGCUCCGAGCUCAACAGAUAGCCAUAUCGAAAAACUGGACACCUGUCAACUGGGAAGAGACGUUCAGUUCCUUUGGAAAAUAUCUUGAUCCCCGGACCGUGGUGCAAAACUGGCUAGUGUCUGAUAUAUGUCAAAAGGCAGUAGCAAAAGGAUUCAGAUGCAUUUACAGUAACCAAGGAUAUUGGUACCUCGACCAUCUAGAUGUCCAAUGGGACAAGGUUUACAAGACCGAGCCUCUCAAUGGAAUCAAACAUCCUUCUCACCAAAAGCUUGUGAUUGGGGGAGAAGUUUGCAUGUGGGGUGAAACAGCUGAUACAUCCGUUGUUCUUCAGACAAUCUGGCCACGAGCUGCAGCAGCUGCAGAACGGAUGUGGAGCAGCAGAGAGGCAGUGUCAAAGGGGAACAUAACGUUAACCGCAUUGCCGCGUUUGCAUUACUUCAGAUGUCUACUGAAUAACCGAGGUGUUCCAGCAGCUCCGGUCGAUAACUGGUACGCACGAAGACCGCCUAAGGGACCUGGCUCUUGCUAUGCUCAGUGA